AUGAAAUGGUACGAUGGCCACCUGAGCGGCGUUUCCGAUGCAGAUGCAACUGAUAGAUCAUCCAGUCGGGAUCGCUUUCCGCUACCUGCCUCUUCUCAACGAGAUCCGGCCAUACUGUCCAAUGCCCCCGUUUCUGCAGAGGACUUUUGCACCACAAUCGUGGACGCCCCUCUCCAAUCACCAAAAGAUGGCACAUUUGACCACUACGGAGUGGAUAAUCCUCACUAUUCUUCUCGCAGAAGAGCUGUUUCGGGGUCAGAUGGACCUGGUGGCCCUACUCCCUCUCAAAGGAAAUGGUACACUUACCUGACGAGCGUCACGGACAACUACGGAUUAGAUUGCGGCCACCCAGACCGGGACUUGAACCAAAACGACGAUCACUCGGCAAUUGACAUCAAUUCUGCUCUAAAUUUGGUGAAUCAGCAAGGCGAAUCCCUCUCUCAUACAGCUGCGCCUGGCUCGUCCAAGAAAAGGGCCAAAGUUUGUUGCUUUGAAUGUACUAAUUUUGCCUACUACAAGUCUGCCGUUCCCAUAAAUAUCCCCCGGUAUCUGUCUCCUUUACCAGCCACAUUGGUGCAAACACCCAUCAAUUUGAUGUACUUCCAUCAUUUUCUCAACCACACUGCUAGGAUGCUGGUCCCUCACGACUGUGGCAACAACCCUUUCAUAACGGUCCUCCCAAGCAUGGCUAUCGGGGACUCCAAUGUUUUAAAUCUGAUGCUGGCAUAUUCUGCCAGCCAUCGUGCCAGGUACCUGAAACAUCCAGAGCCUGCCAACAGGAUUGCACACUGGGUCAGCAGCGUCUUCCCCGCACUGCGUCUUGCGCUAGAAGAUGCUCACAAAAAGACCACCGACAAUCAUCUUGCUGCGGCUAUAAUGCUGCUUUCCCUGAAAAUUGUGUCUCCUAGCACGUUCGAGGUGCCCAUUCCCUGGCAAAGUCAUCUCAAGCUGGCCCGUGACCUCUUUCUGGCACGUCGAGAGCAGAUGGUAUACCCUGGCAAUCGUGUCGGUGCUUUCCUCAUCCGCUGGCUAGGGUAUCUUGAUAUCAUGGGGACUUUAUCCUGCCGCCACAGUGAACCUCCAUUGCUUGCAUAUUUUUCCUCGUUGAAUACAUGCUGCGUAGGAGAAGAAUACGACGAGUACAGCGUGGACUGCUUCACCGGAUUCACGCCUCGCACCGGUCUAUUUCUGAUGCGCCUUGGCCAACUAGUGCAUCAAUGCGAUAAUGAGCGUUUUGAUGAGGUCGGCGCCUUUGUCCCGGGAUGGGCGCCUUCGGCAGACAUUAUCUUUGAUGCACAAACCUUGCUCGCCGAUCUCGACGUCCUCAACAUGCACGCUCAUGCGAAUGGGAGACAUUUCCAGGAUUCGAUGUCCACAGACAUUGUAGCUAUGGACCAGGCCUUCCGCUAUGCCGGUCUGGUCCAUCUUCAACGCCGGGUUCUCGGUGCCUCUCCUUCUUCGCCAGCACUGAAUAAUGCCCUCGAAGAGCUCAUGAAUUGUUUGACCCUGAUCCAAUCGGGAUCGCCCGUUGAGGUUGGAGCCGUCUUCCCAUUGUUUACUGCAGGAUGCGAGUGUCGAGACCUUGAACAGCGGACAGAGAUCCAAGCUCGAUUUGAGCUUCUAGAAAGCACGGGGUUGAAGCAAAUCCAGAAUGCACGGGCUCUAAUGCAAAAGUGCUGGAAGGAGGACCGCUUAUGGAUUGCCCUUGCUCAGGGUGAGUUCCUGGGCUGA